GUCAACAGUAGAGGGGAGAACGGAGGAUCUUGUUUGCAAGAUCUGUUUUGUGCUACUCGACUUAUUUUUCGGUGUUUCUAUUCUUCUUCUUUACGAUUUCUUCAGGUUUUUAGAAGAUGAUCCCACCAAUAACCAAUGGAGCUGAGCUGCGGGGAAAAACAAUUGCCAUGAUAGUAUGUUGGCUUCUGGGAAACGGCAGCCUUUUUGUUUGGAACAGCAUGUUAACUGCUGAAGAUUACUAUCUCUCAUUGUUCCCGCGCUAUCAUCCUACUAGGGUUUUCACACUUGUUUAUGUUGUAAUCACUCUAGUAACAAGCUCAAUCCUAACAUACUACGAAGCAACAAUAAACACAAGAAAGCGAAAUUUACUUGGCUAUCUUCUUUUGUUUUUAAGUGCACUAGCAAUUCCUAUCUUAGACUUGGCUACUUCUGGGAAUGGAGGCCUUGCGACAUACAUUGGCAUAUGUUGUGUUGCCGUCAUUUUUGGACUGGGCGAUGGGUGUGUUGAAGGUGGAAUGAUUGGGGAUCUCUCCUUAAUGUGCCCUGACUUCAUACAGUCAUUCUUGGCUGGUGGGUCUGCAUCAGGGGUUCUAACAUCGGUUUUGAGGCUCAGUACCAAAGGAGUGUUUGAAAAUUCGAAGAAUGGUCUUCGCAAGGGAGCAAUAAUGUUCCUUGUGAUCUCCGCACUUUUUGAGUUGCUGUGUCUACUGCUCUACAAAUUUGUCUUCGCAAAAAUACCAAUUGUCAGAUAUUAUCGUUCAAAGGCGGCUUCAGAGGGAUCAAAAACAGUUAUGGCUGAUUUAGCUGCUGCUGGUGUUAAAAUGCAACAAAACGAAGUGUCUGAAGAGGGUCCUAAUGAUGAACUAGAGCGGCUGAGCCAUAAGCAGUUGCUUCUUGAAAACAAAGACUAUGCAAUCAUUGCGUUUCUGGUGACUGUAUUGACAUUUUCAAUUUUCCCUGGGUUCUUAGCGGAAGAUACUGGGAAGCAUGGCUUGGGCACAUGGUACGUACUUGUUCUAAUAGCAAUGUAUAAUGUGCUGGAGUUACUCGGAAGAAACAUUCCAAUGGUAGAAAGCUUAAAGUUAGAGUCAAGAAAAGGCCUUACGAUUGCGACCAUUUCUCGUUUCGCACUUGUUCCAGCUUUCUAUUUCACUGCUAAAUAUGGAGACCAAGGUUGGAUGAUACUUCUGACAUCCUUAUUAGGAUUAAGCAACGGUUAUCUCACUGUUUGCGUCUUCACUGUUGCACCCCAAGGUUAUAAGGGGCCAGAGCAAAAUGCUUUGGGGAAUUUGCUUACGAUUUGUGUUCUUGGAGGUUUGGUUAUGGGUAUAGCUUUAGAUUGGCUGUGGCUCAUUGGCAAGGGAUGGUAAAAUUUAGUGGCCUUUUGCUUUUGCUGCUCCCGUAAUUAAGGAAUAUCUUUGAACAAUAAAAGAUAAGAGUUGUUGUUCGUGUUCAAAGUAUGUUGACAUCUUUUUUUUGUAAAUCAUCUUUCAUAUUUACAA